UAUCGACGAUCAGUGAGUUUAAAUCAACAGUAAGGAUGAUGCACUACAUUCUCUCGACAUUUUGCUUGACUGGCUUAUUAUUUGGAGUCAUUAACGGAAAACCUCAAUGGUGGAAUCCAUUUUCCGGCGCAGGCACAACAAGUUUUGAAGAUGAUUUGAACAGCGCUGUCGAUGAAUUCGAAGAAUUAUUCAGUGGCUUUGUUCCGGUGAUGCCGCCCAGUGAAUUUCCAGGCAUACCAACUCUUCCUGGAAUCCCAACUCUUCCAGGCACACCAAAUCUUCCUGGAAUUCCUACUCUUCCAGGCACGCCAACUCUUCCAGGAACGCCAACUCUCCCUGGAACCCCAACUCUCCCUGUAACACCAACUCUCCCUGUAACACCAACUCUUCCAGGUACACCAACUCUCCCUGGAACACCAACUCUACCUGGAACACCAACUCUUCCAGGGACGCCAACUCUUCCAGAGACGCCAACUCUUCCAGGAACGCCAACUCUCCCUGGAACACCAACUCUUCCAGACACACCAACUCUUCGAGACACGCCAACUCUCCCUGGAACACCAACUCUUCCAGACACGCCAACUCUACCUGGAACACCAAUUCUUCCAGUGACGCCAACUCUUCCAGUAACGCCAACUCUUCCUGGAACACCAACUCUUCCAGGAACGCCAACUCUUCCAGGAACGCCAACUCUCCCAGGAACGCCAACUCUCCCUGGAACACCAACUCUCCCUGGAACACCAACUCUUCCUGGAACACCAACUCUUCCAGACACGCCAACUCUCCCUGGAACACCAACUCUUCCUGGAACACCAACUCUUCCAGACACGCCAACUCUCCCUGUAACACCAACUCUUCCAGGAACGCCAACUCUCCCUGGUACACUAACUCUCCCUGGUACACCAACUCUCCCUUGAACACCAAAGUAGUUCUAAUUCACCGCUGUAUAUAUUGCUGAUUAUGAGAAAAAUUACGAAAUUACUUUAAAUGACCGGUUUACAAAAAACUGAUACUUCUCACAGGAUCACGAUUCUAUUAGCUUAAAUUAUAGCAAAAUAAUUGACUCGAUGGUCUUUAACUAUUGGAAUCUAAUCGGAAUUAUAAAACUUGUUGCACACAGCCAUUAAUUGAAAAAAACUUUUGACUCAAUCGAUGACAAUAUCUUCUUAUUCUUUAGCGGUUCAGUGACCCAGUCGCAUUGAUGUAAUCGGUAUAGGGAAUGCAAUCCCGGUACCAAUCCCGGUACCAGUACCGGAAAAUCCCAGUCCCGAAUCCCGGUAUUGAUCAAAAAAUCCCGAGAUUAGUACCG